AUGGAUUUUUUUGAAAAAAAAGUCAGUGAAUGGACAUGCGAGAAUGUCUUAAAUCAUUACAAAGAAAAUAAUCCACAGUUUACUCUUAAGCAAGCACUCGAUUCGAACAAUAAAGAUCUCAAACGAAUUUCAAAAGAUGGUUCUGAUGCAAUGUGUAGAGAAAAAGCAAAGGCUAUAAUUGUCAACUGGAAGAAGCUGAACAACUCUUGGUUGUUUAGUUAUGAACUCUUGGUUUCUGCAAAGCCGUACACUCUUGGUCGAUCGGAAUGGACCAAAGAUUUAAAGAAAAAUAACAGGAUGCAAGAACUGAUUUUCGAACGGGAUAUUCUAAUGACUGAGCAAUAUAAUGAGGUUAUAAGAACAGCAAUCACUCGAGAUCAAGCUGUACAGACUACACUUACCAGAUAG